ACUACUGACUUCGUCUGCAAGUCCCGCCACCCUCUCACUCGCCGCACACUAAGUUGAGCGCAUCCCCCCGCCUUUACACACGCACACUUGAACAUCGCCACUCACCACAAUUUGCUCGAAGGCUCGCCAUGGGUGACUGGGUAAGUGCUGUGCUCUUCGCUUCUCGCCGGUCCUGCCAGACCCCCCGGCCUACUCCGUUUCCCCGAUGGCGCCGGCUUCGACUUCAGCAACGACCACAACUCCACAUUCAGCAACGACAAUGUCCUGCCCGCACACGCCGCGCUGCCCUCUUGUCCCCUGUCUCGUACAUCUGGGUGCUCCCCACCUCCCGCCGCUCGUCACGCCCCUCUUCGGUCCACUUGCUCAGCCCAUUGCCACCCCCGCUUGGCCUCAGCCCCCACGCACUCGUGUCGUUGUCGACUGGCCGCGCCCCCCUACCUCUCCCUUUGCCUGGUAUCAAACCACAACUACCACUACCACCACCACUUGGGUGCUAUGGCGCUCUACUGACUCAAAGAUCGACCGCCUCCGCAGGCUCCAGCCCGUCUUCUUGGCUAUAACUGCUGUCUUUGCAGUUGUAGAGGGCUGCAUCACCGCCUACCUCGUAGCACGCAACAAUGACCACGACUCAUGGCAAAGCAGCUCGUUCCGCGACCGCACGAAGUUCCUUCUGUUCGCUUCGUGGUGGACAGUCGUCUUCAACGUCACGUACAUCGUCCUAUUCUAUGAGGCUGCUGGAAGCUGGGUCUCGAGUGUCCUCUCAAACCUUGUCUACGUCUGCGUCACAUGGAUAUUCUGGCUAUGUGGCGCCGCGGCGUUCACCCAGGCAAUCGGCGGCGGCGAGCGCUGUAACAAGGACACCACUCUCCUGCACUGUGGCCAGAAUGUCGCUACGGAAGCUUUCGCAUGGAUCCAGUUCAUCCUGUUCGCCUUCUUCUUUGCUGGCAUGUGCCUCAUCGCUGGAACCACAACGCGCCGUGGCGACAAACUCUCAACGCCCAUCGCGAUCGUCUAACCAACUCGAUCCACACCACCUUGUCACCUAGAAUCUGCUGUACUCCCCAACUCAAUCCCAUAUAAUGAUGCAAUGCACCCGUGUAGACUG